UUUAAAACUCGUGUUUAUCGGAAGGUGAAGUUGGAAGUGAAAGGGUCUGAAGUUGUGUGGCUUUGUCUCGUCUAAGGUAACCUUUAAUAGGCAUUAUGGGAACAAGUGAGAGCAAGAUGGCUGUGCCUGCAGAUGCAAAACCACAACCAGUCAUCAAAAAGACUCAUGUGAGCCAUCUGAUAGAUCCACGCUCUCCCUCUGCUGGGAUUGAUCGAUCACCCAUUCAGGUUUGUGGAAAGGAGUCCAGCUCUGCUGCAGCUGUGAAAAGCGAGUGCCCCCUGGCUGUAAACGAUCCCCGCUCGCCUACCUUUGGUAUCACCCGCACCCCUGUGAGGGAAAUCAUGAGAGCAACCGUCGGAUCCUUUGCCCGCCGCCUGGGCAUGCUCUUCCACAACGAGGCUGAAGGCAAAGUCCCUGAAGGUCCUCAGAAACACCACAGUGAUCCAGUUGAUGAGGUCCAUGAGGAUGAGGAGCUGGCCUCCACAGAGCCGCUUCUCAGUCCACGCAGAGCAACUGACUUUAGCUCUCUAGCCGAACAUGCAAACCUCUUGGCCACCCCAGCUUCUCAGGUGUUCGUUGGCAACUCGAGUCCCUUUGAGCUUCUCUGGGAUCCUCAGGUGGGAGUGGAGAUCGAAACGGAAGCGAAUAUUAGCCUGGAGGAGGCAGAAGAAGCAAGGGAGACCCCGUUGCACAAGAGGCUGAGCAUGAGCCUGAUAACAUGCCAUGAGGGGGCAACUUCAUCUCAGGUGUUUGCUGAGAUUCACCAUGAAAGUCGUGCUUUCUCAGAACCUGAUGUGGAAAAGGACCAAGUUGUGGACGGCGUGGAUCAUGUGUACGCCCUUUCCUCUGUUACAGUCCAGCCAAAGGAAGCAGAGGAAACCAAAUCUCCUUUGCCUCCCUCAGAGCAACCAGAUACCCCCAGUCCAGAGCAGGUACCUGUGUGCACAGGAAUACGCUGCCCCACCUUUGACAUAAAGAGCCCCAGUCAGCUGGAGUUCAAGCCGCAGUGGUUGGGGAAAGGUUUCGGUGCCACUGGGCUGAGAUCCAGAGGAGUUCAGGGGAACAAAGGAAGCUCCUCUCCUCUUGCUGUCCAUGUGGCAGUAAAGAACAUCAGCAACGAAAACAAGGGGCAGUCUGGAAAACUGAAGCAAAAAGGUACUGAGGGUCGCUCUCCCCUUCAGAUCCUUAAGGAGACCAACUCUCCCCGUGACCAACGUUCUCAGGCGAAGCUGAAGGUGUCCAAUCAGUCCAAGCAGAGACUUGGACAGAUGGACCGCAGGGUGCUGACAGUUUCUCUGGACAAGGAGAACCACUGAAGGAAGAUAUUCAGAAUCUGUCCCUCUAUAAAUUUUUUUAAAAAAUGCGCUUUUAUGUGUAACUUCUGGAAGCUUGUAUUUGAAGUAUGUAAAUAUUGUAUCUGCUACAUGCUGCAGUUUUCUAUUUUGUUUGGUCUUUUUUUCCUCGUUUUGCUUGUCCUUUUACAUGAGAUUUUGUUAACUUUUUUGUCAGACCUUUUUAAACCAUUUGUGUAAUUUAAAUUUGUCAAAUCUUUUUGUCAACAGAAUAAAGGCUUAACACUAAAAGAUCA